AGUUUGUCGAGCGGGGACGAAGCCCCGAAUAUCUGAUAAUCUUGCUUGUGGAUCUUUUUCCUUGGUCAUAUGGCGUCUUUUCUCAUUUAUGGUUUGCCCUUCAUGUUUACUAGGUUGUCUACGGUGUAGUGGUUCCAAUCUUGCCUAUCAUCGUUAAGGAACGACUGGGAGGAAGUUCCAGCGAUGUCGGGCUUCUCUUUGCGUGCUAUGGUAAAGACGACGACUGAGAAACAUUACUUCACGCAUACAGGACAGGAUGAGGGUCAUUGUCUAUCAGGAUAACAAAAACAAACUGUCCAUGUGCUUGUGCUUGUGCUUGUGCUUGUGCUUGUGCUUGUGCUUGGGACAUUCGCCUUAUUGCUCUCAUGAUGACUUGUUAUGUCCGAAGAAGUACCAUUUUCGUUCAUCCAGGGGCCAUGUGACUAUCGCAGCAGCCAAACCUGUGUUUGUCAUCCGCAAAGAGGCGGAAGAUGUUCUCACUCGCACGGACGACGACGAUGAACUUGAAUUUGGCGGUUCAAGUGAUCAGGGUCAACUGGGGAGGGGGGAAAUACACAUCGUCGCCAACAUACCCUUCGUCUUAAUACUCCUCGAUAAUAUAGCGAUUGGUCUUCUUGCUUCGACGCCAGUCUUUGCCAUUCUGAGCGACAAGUAUCAGAACAGACGGAUACCAAUGAUGGUCGGCAUGCUUGGUCUUGCGGUGGCAACGGUUGGAUUCUCGCUUGCCAGUAAUUACUGGGUCCUUAUCAUGGCUAGAAUCGGUCAAGGCUCUGCGGGCGGAGCCUCAUGGACGAUUGGACUGGGAAUGCUGGCUGAUGUAUAUCCACCCGACAAUCUCGGUGUGGUGAUGGGCGCUACUAUGAUGGCGAACGCGAUCGGAUUCAUGUUGGGACCGAUGGUUGGCGCUUACUUUUACGAAUACCACGGAUACAAGGCUCCUUUUAUCUUCUGUGCGGCUCUCGCGAUUCUUGAUUUUCUGUGCAUCCUUUUUAUUGCAGAGCCUGAGAAGCGAAAGUUCUUCUCCACUAGCAGUGAUACGGAUGCGGCGGACGCAACAGAGGUCAUCGUAGGAGACGCGGCGGCGACGAGUAAUGGAAAGCACACGGAUCAGGAUGUGGAUAAUUUGACGAUCGGAGAAGUGCCGUCGACGAGUACAAUUGUUGCGGUCGAGAGAACCGCGGCUGCAAUCUCGGACCCGAAGCAUGCACAGGAGAUUCUGGAUGACGGACUGCACCUGCAUCAGGAUCAGCAUCAACAUCAGCGCAACGCACAUGCCAGAACGGAUAGUCGAUCUGGAUACGGAAGCGUUCGUUCUUCGUCGUCCUCCUCGUCAGAACAUUCCACAUCUUCGGCCUCGUCGUCUUCCAAAUCGUCGGCAGCAGAGGAGUGCAAGCAGGAUGAGACAGAUGUGUCGAUGUUCAAGAUUGCGAGCAACUGGACAAUCGUCUGUUGCUUGUUGGCCACCUUUGUCGCUGCCAGCGUCUUUUCAGGAUUGGAACCCAUCCUGCCAUUGUAUCUGGAGGAACUGUUGCAUGCAACCCCAACGCAGACCGGACUCGUCCUAACUGCUGCCAUUUUCCCUACACUCUUCGCCUCGGCCAUCGGCUACUACGCUGACCGUGUCGGCCACUUUUACAUCUCGCUGCUGGGCAUGCUGAUCUUUGCGCUCGCAACCCUCUCGCUCGCAUUACCGACAUCCUUCCUCUCCUUCGUGCUACCGCUCGCCUUCUUUGGUCUGGGCUCCUCCACGAUCCUAACGCCGCUGUUGCCGGCCAUGGCGGAUGUUUGCCACAAGAAGGGGUGGAACUGCUAUGCAAAGACUUAUGCGCUCUACAACAUGACGUAUUCGCUUUCCAUGGCUGUAGGGCCCAUCCUUGCUGGCUUUAUCUUUGAGGACUUUGGUUUCCAAUGGACCAUGAUCAUGUUUGGCGUGAUGAUCAUCGCAGCCACGCCGGUUAUCUUCUCGGCACAGAUCGCGAACGUCAUGGCACGGUGGAAGGGUUCUCGAAGCACGGAUGCUACAUCGAAUGCAUAGGAGAAUACUACACAGAUCUACACCCAUACUCAUUUGUACUCAUACUCGUACUCACAUUCAUCCUUACUCUCGUCCUUGCAUUCAUUUUCAUGUCUCAUUCAUACUCUGCUUUCGCAUUAAAUUAUGUUUUUUU